AUGUCAAAAAAACAAAUAAUCGCGUUUCUCGAUCGUCUACUCGGUGUUAAUGAUGUUCGGAAAAGAAGUCUGACUUAUACAAUAAAGGAGGAGGAAAUCGAAAAUAUUAUUAGAAAGUGCACUACUAUUGUCAUGAGUCAACCGGUUAUGAUUGAAGUUGAUCCACCCCUCAAGAUAUGUGGCGAUAUUCAUGGACAGUUUGCUGAUCUGCUACGUGUUUUCAACAGAUGUGGCUUUCCUCCCGACACCAAUUAUCUCUUUUUAGGAGAUUAUGUGGACAGGGGUCGACAACAAUUAGAAGUGAUUUGUCUAUUAAUGGCAUACAAAGUUCUGUAUCCUGAAACAUUCUUCAUUUUGCGUGGCAAUCACGAAUGCAGCUCUAUAAAUAGAACUUAUGGUUUCUACGAAGAAUGCAAACGUCGAUACUCUGUUAAGCUAUACCAUGCGUUUCAAAAUUUCUUCAACUGCCUGCCACUGUGUGCCAUAGUCGGACAGAGAAUCUUCGCUAUGCACGGAGGAUUGUCCCCAGCCCUUCGAGGGUGGCCACAAUUAACAGAUAAUGUGAUAAAGAGGCCCUUUGAUCCACCUAGGAAAGGAUUAGCUACUGAUCUACUAUGGUCCGAUCCGGAUCUUAAUAUUACUGGAUGGGAGAAAAGUAGUCGAGGAAUUUCAUAUAUUUUCGGAGCUGAUGUUGUUAAGAAAUUUUGCUUGGAAAUGGACAUUGAUCUCAUAGUUAGAGCUCAUCAAGUUGUGCAAGACGGUUACGAAUUCUUUGCAAAUCGAAAAUUAGUGACGAUUUUCUCUGCCCCUAAAUAUUGUGGUGAGUUCGACAACAAUGCAGCCGUAAUGAGUGUUGAUGAAAACUUGGUUUGCUCUUUCGAAAUUCUUCGUCCCAGGGAAAAAGAACCUAAAGUUAUGGCAAAAUCGAAAACAGAUGGGACCAGUGUAUUACAAAAACAAAAACCCUGCAUGGAUUCUAGCUGA